CUUUCUUGCACUCCACGCACACUUUUUGUUUCCCGUUCAUCCUCUAAAACCCCAUUUCGUGUUUUCUUUAUUUCCAAUAUUGGACCCUCUAAAACCCUAAACCCUCUUUUCUCUACCUGAUUCAUCUUUCACAGAUGUUGAUGUCUAGGGCAUUCUCACGCGUUCCCAGGACGGUCGUUGCACGCUCCUUGCUUCUCUAUGCUCCUAAGAACCUUCAUACGCCAACCAUUUCCACUCAAUUUCACUCUCUUGUUCCUGAAUAUCAUAGUAAGUUGGUGACAAGUGAUGUGUCUCUGCUACAUCAUUCAAGCCUCAAUUUCUAUGCACUCCAACGAUUACAUAUCUCCUCGUUUGCCUCUCCCAAGCCUUCCGAAAAGGAACAUGAGGGCGAUGUAGAAAAUAAUGGUCAAGAGCCUAUAAAACCAGGUUCUGAAAGUGAUGGUGAACUAUCAAUGGCCGAUAUGGUCAAACUUGUCCAGGAGAAAGAAGGACUCUUGGAAGUCAAGCAAAUGGAGAUUGAACAAAUGAAGGACAAAGUUGUUCGUACUCUUGCAGAAAUGGAGAAUGUUAUGGCUAGAACAAGACGUGAAGCUGAGAACUCGAAGAAAUUUGCCAUACAGAAUUUUGCAAAGGGCCUACUAGAUGUUGCAGACAAUUUAGGAAGGGCUUCUACGCAUGUUAAAGGCAGUUUCGCUAAGGUAGAUGAGUCCAAAGACACUGCUGGAGCUGUACCUCUUUUAAAAACACUUCUAGAAGGAGUUGAAAUGACCGAGAAACAGCUUGGAGAGGUAUUUAGGAAGUUUGGAGUGGAAAAAUUCGAUCCUACAAAUGAACCAUUUGAUCCACACAGGCAUAAUGCAGUAUUCCAAGUACCAGAUAAUGCUAAGCCUCCUGGCACGGUUGCUCAUGUUUUGAAGGCGGGGUACAUGCUCCACGAUCGGGUAAUUCGACCUGCUGAGGUUGGUGUUACUCAAGCACUCAACAACGAUUCCAACUGAAAACAAUAUAAAUGACAAAAGGCUCUGAUGCUUGAUGAUAAGCUAGUUAGAGUCAGUGGCAAAUUUUUCAAAAACCUUGCCUUAUAUACAUGCAUAGUCAUUCAAAACUUCUUUAUUUCUUUAUUUCUAUAUUUGGCCAUCAAUUUCUUGUUUCACUACUCAUAGAAGAUACCGCUUGGUAAAGAGGGCAUUUUGUACGUUUUCCUCUUUCUGAAGUAAAAUAAAAAGUACAGUUUGCUUGGUGAAAAA